UUGAAUUUGAUUCCUAUUACUUGUAUAAUUUCUCUUAUAUUAUCUCUUAAACUACAGUCUCCUUGUACCCAAAAAAACUAACAAAGGAGAGAUUGUAAAGUAUGAUUUUCUUCUUCAUUUUCUUUUGUUGUGGGGAAGGGGGGAUAGGCAUGCAUAGAACUUAAUCCAGCAAACAGCCCAACAAAAACUAAACGACACCUAUCCAUGCAGGAUUUUUAUGUUGGAAGAAGUAGUGAGUAAAUAUUUAAUUAACAGCUAAAUUAUUUCAGCUAAGGCCAAGUCAAAAUACCAUGGAUUGGCAGAGACUUUUGUAGUUUUGCUCACAAUCUGCUCACAUGAAGCCCGGAGGUAUAUUAGUUACAACACAGAUUCUAAAUCUGGUAAUAGACGCAGGAAAGAAGCUGUAAUAAUACAUCUAGGAUUGCAUGCCCAUAUCUGUUCGCGCCUAUAUGCGGGAAUAUUAUCAGCAACGGUCUCAAAAAUAAAACAAACGGAAACUAUGCAAUGACUCAGUCGAGCUAACUGGAAUGUCAUUAAAAAAUUGUAGAUAGACAAGCGUACAAAGACAAGUAUUCGACAUCAUAACCUUAAACAAACACUCAAAAAAGGCAUCUCUAUUGCCGUUUAAACUAUGAUUAUAGAAGGCAUUAUUGUACAAAUACAAAUGAAUGGGCUAGCUAUAAUGUUCCAACAGCAGAUCUUAAUCUACACUGAGACUCGCAUAAAGAAACCGGCCAUCUUUCUCCCUCUCACUUGUAUAUAUUGGCAGGGUUAGAAGUGGUGGAAGCUCAAAAACUAAAUCUACCUCUCCAACUUACUAGAGAGGAUCCAUUUCCCACCAAAGAUGGAUAUCACUCAGUUCCUUUGUCUCAUUUUCUUGCUCAAUGUCCAUUCUCUGAUCGUUCAAGGAAGUGAAUUUUCAUCUGCAAAUGAAAUUGAAAAGAAAAAGUUGCAGACUUACAUUGUCCAUGUUAAGCAGCCCGAUGCAGGAGUUCUUGGACAAUCAGACAAUCUUGAUGUAGACAGAUGGCACAGAUCUUUUCUGCCAUCCACUACUGCAAGCUUAGAUACACGACCACGGAUGGUUUAUUCAUACAAAAAAGUCAUCAGUGGUUUCGCAGCAAGACUGACAGAGGAGGAAGUGCAAGCCAUGAGAAGGAAAAAAGGGUUUAUUUCAGCACGUCCUCAGAGGAUACUACGUACACAGACAACACACACACCACGCUUCUUGGGGCUGCAGCAGGAUCGAGGAAUUUGGAAAGAAUCAAACUUUGGAAAAGGUGUGAUAAUUGGCGUGUUGGACACUGGAGUUUUGCCUAGCCAUCCUUCAUUCAGUGAUGAAGGAAUGCCACCUCCCCCAGCAAAAUGGAAAGGAAGAUGUGAAUUUACAGCCUGUAAUAACAAAAUAAUUGGUGCAAGGUCCUUCAAUAUUGAUGGAAAUAUGACUGGGGGAAUGGGGGUUGAACCACCUAUUGAUGAAGAUGGACAUGGGACUCACACAGCUAGCACUGCUGCAGGUCGGUUUGUAAACGAUGCUGAUGUGCUGGGAAAUGCCAUAGGUACCGCUGCAGGGAUGGCACCACUUGCUCACCUGGCAAUUUAUAAAGUAUGCUUUGGAGAUGACUGUGGAGAUAGCAACAUACUAGCUGGGCUCGAUGCUGCUAUCGAGGAUGGUGUUGAUGUGCUUUCACUCUCUAUCGGAGGAGAUGCAGUUCCGUUAUUCCAGGACAACAUAGCUGUCGCUGGAUUUGCAGCCAUGACAAAUGGAAUAUUUGUUAGUUGCGCAGCUGGAAAUUCUGGCCCUUCCAAGACCACAUUAUCCAAUGAAGCCCCAUGGCUUCUCACAGUCGGAGCAAGCACAGUUGAUCGAAAAAUUUUAGCCAUAGCAAAGCUUGGAAAUGGAGAAGAAUUUGAUGGAGAAUCCGUUUUCCAACCAAAUCACUUUCCUUCCACGCUGUUACCACUUGUUUAUGCCGGCAUGAAUGGUAAACAAGAGUCUGCACUCUGUAGCGAGGGAUCAUUGAAAGAUAUAGAUGUCAAAGGCAAGGUGGUUUUAUGUGAAAGAGGAGGUGGAAUAGGAAGAGUUGCCAAAGGACAGGAAGUGAAAAAUGCUGGUGGUGCUGCCAUGAUUCUCGUGAAUGAUGAAGCUAAUGGCUUCAGUGUUGAAGCUGAUGCUCAUGUUCUUCCAGCAACCCAUGUAAGCUUUGCAGCUGGGUUGAAGAUAAAAACUUACAUAAAUUCAACAGCAGCGCCUACAGCGACAAUCUUAUUUAGAGGAACCAUCAUAGGAGAUCCGUCGGCUCCCUCUGUUGCUUCCUUUUCGUCAAGAGGGCCCAGCUUGGCGAGCCCAGGCAUUCUGAAACCAGACAUUAUUGGCCCAGGUGUGAACAUUCUGGCAGCAUGGCCAUUCCCUCUUAACAAUGAUACGAAUUCAAAAUCCACCUUCAAUAUAGUAUCUGGCACAUCGAUGUCAUGCCCUCAUCUCAGUGGUAUUGCAGCCUUGCUCAAGAGCUCUCAUCCUACCUGGUCACCAGCUGCCAUUAAAUCUGCUAUGAUGACUUCUACCGACCUAUUAAAUAUUGGAGGCAAACCCAUUGUUGAUGAAAAGCUCCAAACUGCUGAUGUCUUUGCUACCGGCGCUGGCCAUGUUAAUCCAUCUAGGGCAAAUAAUCCAGGAUUAAUUUAUGAUAUCCAACCUGAUGAUUAUAUUCCGUAUCUUUGUGGUUUGGGCUACACAGAUGCGGAAGUUGGGAUACUUGCACAUAGAUCAGUCAAGUGCUCAGAAAAGCCAACCAUACCAGAAGGAGAGCUGAACUAUCCUUCAUUUUCUGUCAAACUAGGGCCUUCUCAGACGUUCACAAGGACCGUGACAAAUGUUGGUGAGGCAAAUUCGUCCUAUGAAGUUACAAUUACAGCUCCAAAAGGGGUUGAUGUAAUUGUGAAGCCUAGUACACUAUGCUUCUCGGAGCUAUACCAGAAGGCAACCUACUCAAUAACAUUUACUCGAGUUGAAUCACCUUUUACAAUAGGUGAAUUCACUCAAGGGUUUAUCAAAUGGGUCUCUGCUAACCACUUUGUUAGGAGCCCUAUUGCAGUAAGGUUUCAGUAAGAAACAUGUGCACAAGGACAUAAGAGCAAGCAAUCAAAUUAUGUAUUGUAAUAGAAAUCCAGAACUAGUACUGGCUACUAUCUCGGACAUGUAGUAUCUUAUUUCUCUAUGUUUUCUUCAAUAACAUUGCAAAUUAUUUGAACCUGAUUGCCAGAAAAUUCAAACUCCAUCCAAUGAAAGGGGAAAGAAGCAUGUGGGAAUUAUACUAGGCAUAGACAUUGAAUACCUUUGUUUUUCUAAUUUAUAAAUCAGCAACACUUACGAUGAAAUUAAGAAAAAAAAAAAGUAAUAGCAAUAAUAAUGUUCAACAGAAGACCAACAGGAACAAACGUGAAAAGUAGAGUAAUAAAACCAUAAAAAAAAUGGUAAUUCCACCUGCCAAAGAAGUCCAUACAGAGUGCAUAUUAUAAAAUAGUAGCACUGCUUUAUAAAAAAAUAAAAUAACAGUGAAAGUAAGCCUGUUUGUUGCUUAAAUCAAGAA